AUGAGAUUACAAGUACAAAAAAAAAUGAAAAAAAUGAAAAUGUUUCCAUCAUUAUUCAUUAUUUAUUUCUUCGCCAUCAAUAUUCAAGGUAAAAAAACAUUUUCCAAUGAAAAAAAAUUUCACUUUUCAUCUAUUUCGAAUUUAGUUAGCAAUGCAGAGAUCGAUUGUACCAUCUAUACCAAUGAUCUUAAAAUUAUUAAUCUAAAUCCAUUUUAUGUUAGACUUCUUCUUGAUCCUUCGUCUACAUCCGUAAAAUACGAUGGUGUAUCAAAAGUUACAGCUUUUAAUAUAUUUAAUAAUGUUAAUCCAUCUUUGAGUAUAUAUUGUUUGAAAAAUUUAGAAAGUCUUCAAUUAGUAAAUACAAAUCUAACAAUAUUAUCUGAUAUAAAAAAUUUUCAAAAAUUAACAACAUUAGUAAUUCAAUCAGAUUAUGGUAUUAUUGGUCAACAUUUACCAUCGGAAUUGGGACAACUAAUAUCUUUAUCAUACUUAAAAUUAUCUUAUAUUAAAAAUCUUGAAGAUUUACCUAAUGAGAUUGAAUAUUUAAUUCAAUUAGAAACAUUAAUAUUACAGAGUAUUCCAAAUUUUAAUAAAAUACCUGAUGAAAGUAUUGAUAAAUUAAUUAAUCUUAGAAUUUUAAGUUUAAUUGAUUUACCAAAUUUAUCAACUAUUCCAUCAACGAUAAAAAAUUUUCAAUCAUUAGUACAAUUCGAAAUAAGUAACACGAGUAUUAAGAAUUUAGAAUUAGGAAAUCUUGAUGAAUUAUCUACUUUAAGAAUUAAAUCUAACUCAGUAUUACAAACAAUUGAAAUCGCUAAUAUGUCACUAUUAUCUUCCGUUGAGAUUCAAAAUAAUGAGGAAUUAUUAACAUUAAAAUUUCAAAAUUUAUCUUCGUUAUCUUCGUUAUUUUCAUUAACAAUGUCAUCAAAUUCAAAAUUAAUUUCUUUAGAUAUGGAAAAUAUAUCACCUUAUGUUCAAACAAUUUCAUUAAGUGAUAAUAAACAAUUCAAAAUAGCUACAUUCAAAAAUUUAUCUCGAUUAGACAGUGUUUAUUUUUCUUUUCUAACUAAUUUGGAAUCAGUUUCAUUUGAAAAUACACUAUCCUUAUCAAGUGUUACUAUUACAGCAAGUGCUCUAUCGAAAAAUCUUUCAUUUUUUAAUGUGCCAUCAAUUGAAACUCUUGAUUUGUCGGGAUGUCAAUUAACAAUCUUUCCAGAAAGUAUUUUAACAUUAAAAUCUUUAGUCAAGUUGGUUAUGAAAGCAAAUCAAUUAUCAACAUUACCAUUAACAUUAUCAACUGAUUUACCGAAUUUACAAGUUCUUGAUUUAUCGAGAAAUAACUUUCAAGGCAAUAUUUUUCAACAACCAUCACUUAUUUAUCUUCGUGAACUUUAUUUAAGUAAUAAUUCUUUGGUAUCUAUCGAUGGUAUUGGAGAAUAUCCAUCUUUAAAAAGUUUAGAUUUAAGUUAUAAUAAAAUUUUAUCAAUUCCACUUGAGAUCAUGGAAUUAUCAUCGACAUUAGGUUCGUUAAAUAUUAAUUAUAAUCAGUUGCGUAGUAUACCAUAUUCAAUGACAAAUAUGAGACGAUUAACCUCACUUUUGGCCACUUUUAACAAUAUUUCGUAUGACGAACGACAAUAUCUUUAUCAAAUAUUCCACCCAACAUCUAUACAAUUGAUUAUUUAA